AUGGGUUUUCCUAAACCUAUAGGAAUUAUGGGUUUUCUAAAAAUACAAGGAAAUAAUUCAAGCCACAAAAUAACACUUUUAUUUUACCAACAAGAAACGAAAAAGCAGCGCCAACAGAUACAGAUGAUCCAAAAUUCAAACAUGCAUCUUGUUGGUGAAGGCUUAAGCUCUUUGAACGUUAGGGAGCUGAAGCAGUUGGAGAACAAACUUGAACGAGGCAUUACUAGAAUUAGGUCAAAAAAGCAUGAGAUGAUACUAGCUGAAACUGAGAAUUUGCAUAAGAGGGAAAUCCAACUUGAACAAGAGAAUGCAUCCCUCAGAUCAAAGAUAGCUGAAAAUGAGAGGCUUCGGGAACUAAGCAUGAUGCCAGCUGGGGGGCAAGAAUACAGUGCAAUUCAACAAUAUUUAGCAAGAAAUAUGCUUCAACUUAAUAUGAUGGAAGGAGGAGUCCCUAAUUCCUAUCAUCAUCAAUUGCCAACUGACAAGUCCCUAGAGCUUCAGUAG